UUUGUCGCUCAACCGGACGUCUGCUGAGGCUAAGUCAGGCGCAGCUGCUGAGCCAGAAUUCUGCGUAUGUCUUAGACUCCUCUGUCAGGGAGUACAUUUCUUGGAUAUAACUUGUUGGUUUCUUGUUAGUCAUUCCCGCGAGGAAACGGACGCGGGGGGACACACGGCAGGUGAGGCGCAACACCUGAUCUGAGGAGGAAGUGUGCGUGUGUGAUGGUAUCCCGGCUGCGAUAAGAACCGAGAUACCAUCCGGACCUUCACCCGCGCUGGCGCACCCUCGGCUGGGAUCCUGAACCUGUCGGCUUUGGACCUCAGUGGCGGCGCAGCAGGAUUCCAGUGGUCCGACUGUUUUAGCGCAAAGAGGAAGCGAAGUUGCCGUUUCCACAGGCUUGACACAGCGCUCUCUGAUUGGUUGCUCGCCUCCGUUGUUGGACCAAGAUGGUGGCUGUUGCCAGGGACGGAGACUGAGCGCCGUUACAUCGUCGUCAAGACCGUCGACAACCGCUGAGGCUGAGGCCGAACACGGAGCCCUCCGGAACUUCUUACCUUUCAGUCGUGGCAGCAGCUGUUUGCAGUCAUGGACACGACCACGUCGAUCAAGAUGACCACUCUGGCCAUCCAGAACCUGUUCAGCUACGUGGAGGAGGAGAACCUCAGCGCGCUGAAGAAUCACCUGGACCGCUUCAAGGAGGUGGACGGACGCAGCGACAACGGCCAGACGCCACUGAUGCUGGCUGCAGAGCAGGGCAGCUUGGACAUAGUGCAGGAGCUGAUCAGGAGGGGGGCCAACGUCAACCUGGACGACGUGGAUUGCUGGUCGGCUCUCAUCUCGGCCGCUAAAGAAGGUCACGUGGAGGUGGUGACGGAGCUUCUGGAGAGCAGCGCCUACAUCGAGCACCGGGACAUGGGAGGCUGGACCGCUCUGAUGUGGGCGGCUUACAAAGGUCGCGUGGAUGUGACCACGGUUCUGCUGGAACACGGUGCCAAUCCCAACACCACCGGACAGUACAGCGUGUACCCCAUCAUCUGGGCUGCCGGGCGCGGACAUGCGGACAUCGUCAAACUGCUGCUGGACAAGGGAGCCAAGGUCAACUGCUCGGACAAGUACGGCACCACCCCGCUCAUCUGGGCUGCCAGGAAAGGCCACUUGGAGUGUGUGAUGCACUUGCUGGAGAAUGGCGCCGACGUGGACCAGGAGGGGGCGAACUCCAUGACGGCUCUGAUCGUUGGCGUGCGCGGCGGCUACACCAGCGUGGUGAAGGAGCUGCUGAAGAGAAACCCCAACGUCAACAUGACGGACAAAGAUGGCAACACUGCGCUGAUGAUCGCCGCCAAAGAGGGUUACACCGAGAUCGUUCAGGACCUUCUGGACGCCGGGACUUACGUCAACAUCCCGGACCGGAGUGGAGACACGGUGCUGAUCGGCGCAGUGAGGGGCGGCCACGUGGAGAUCGUCCGAGCUCUUCUGCACAAAUACGCCGACAUCGACAUCAGAGGACAGGAGAGUAAGACGGCGCUGUACUGGUCCGUGGAGAAAGGCAACGCCAUCAUGGUGAGAGACAUCCUGCAGUGCAACCCUGACACGGAGACCUGCACGAAGGAUGGAGAGACUCCUCUGAUCAAGGCCACCAAGAUGAGGAACAUUGAGAUUGUUGAGCUCCUGCUGGAUAAAGGAGCUAAAGUGUCAGCGGUGGACAAGAAAGGAGACACCCCCCUCCACAUAGCGAUCCGGGGCCGCAGCCGCAGACUGGCCGAGCUUCUGCUUCGGAACCCCAAAGACGGUCGCCUGCUGUACCGACCCAACAAGGCUGGAGAGACGCCGUACAACAUUGACUGCAGCCAUCAGAAGAGCAUCCUGACCCAGAUCUUCGGAGCACGUCACCUGUCCCCCUCUGAGACCGACGGCGACAUGUUGGGCUACGACCUGUACAGCUCUGCUCUGGCUGACAUUCUGAGCGAGCCCACCAUGCAGCCGCCCAUCUGCGUGGGCCUCUAUGCUCAGUGGGGGAGUGGGAAGUCCUUUCUGCUGAAGAAGCUGGAAGAUGAGAUGAAGACGUUUGCAGGUCAGCAGAUCGAGCCCCUCUUCCAGUUCUCCUGGCUGGUGGUCUUCAUGUCCCUGCUGCUGUGCGGCUGCGUGGCCAGUGUCCUGGCCUUCACUGCCGACCCCCCACUGGCCCUGGCCGUCGCGCUCAGCCUGCUGGCUCUGCUCUACCUCUUCUUUGUGGCGGUCUACUUUGGCGGGCGGCGAGAAGGUGAGAGCUGGAGCUGGGCUUGGGUGAUCAGCACGCGCCUGGCUCGGCAGCUGGGCUACCUGGAGCUGCUGCUCAAGCUGAUGUUCGUCAACCCCCCGGAGCUGCCCGAGCAGAGCACCAGGGCUCUGCCUGUCAGGUUCCUCUUCACCGACUACAACCGGCUGUCCAGCGUCGGUGGCGAGACGUCGAUGGCCGAGAUGAUCGCCACUCUGUCCGACGCCUGCGAGAGAGAGUUUGGCUUUCUGGCGACGCGAUUGUUUCGAGUCUUCAAGUCGGAGGAGACGCAGGGCAACAGGAAGUGGAAGAAGACCUGCUGCGUCCCCUCCUUCCUCCUCUUCCUCCUCGUCCUGGCCUGUGUGCUGGCUGGCGUGGCGUUGCUGGCCGUGUUCAAGACCGACGCCGGCAGUGCGGCUGUGAACGGCACCCUGGCGGCGCUGGGCGGCGUGGUGGGUGUGGCUCUGCUGCUCAACUGUAAGACUUGGUGGCAGGUGACGGAUUCCGUGGUCAACUCUCAGAGGAAGCGGCUGCACGGCGCAGCCAACAGACUCAGCAAGCUGAAGAGCGAAGGCUUCAUGAAGAUUCUGAAGAAGGAGGUGGAGCUGAUGGCGAGGAUGACCAAGACCAUCGACGGCUUCACGCAGCACCAGACCCGGCUGGUUGUGGUGAUCGAUGGGCUGGACUCAUGUGAGCAGGACAAAGUUCUGCAGAUGCUGGACACGGUCCGUGUGCUCUUCUCCAAAGGCCCUUUCAUCUCCAUAUUUGCCAGCGACCCGCACAUCAUCAUCAAGGCAAUCAACCAGAACCUCAGCUGCGUCCUGCGGGACUCCAACAUCAACGGUCACGACUACAUGCGCAACAUCGUGCAUCUGCCCGUCUUUCUCAACAGUCGAGGGCUCUGCGGCGCCAAGAAAGUGUGCUCCGGCGCGCCGACCAACGGUGACGCUGCUGCCGCCGACGGGUGGCACGAGGAACUUGACAGGAAGCUGUCUCAACACAGUCUAGGAGAGCUCAGCAGGUUUGGGAGCAGAAGCACCCUGAACCGCAGAGACACGUUCCGGCGGCGCCAGGCUCAGCGCUCCGUCACUCGUCAGAUGUCCUUUGACUUGACCAAGAUGAUGAUGACUGAGGACUGGUUCACUGACAUCAACCCUCCAACCAUGCGGCGCCUCUUCAACAUCGUCUCUGUGACGGGUCGCCUGCUGAGAGCCAAUCAGAUCAGCUUUAGCUGGGACCGCCUGGCGUCCUGGAUCAACCUCACGGAGCAGUGGCCGUACAGGACCUCCUGGGUCAUCCUCUACGUGGAAGAGACAGACGCGCCGGACCAGGCCACCCUCAAGACCAUCUACGAACGAGUGAUCAAGAACAUUCCAACUUCGAAGGAGGUGGAGCCGCUGCUGGAGAUAGAUGCCGAUGUCCGAAGCUUUGAGGUCUUCCUCUCGUCUCGGACACCAGUCUUGACCUCCAGAGACAUCCGGACGUUCCUGCCGUGCACAGUCAACCUGGAUCCCAAGCUGCGGGAGAUCAUUGCAGAUGUUCGAGCAGCUCGAGAGCAGAUGGCUGGGAUCAGCUACCCCCCUGCUGCUCUGCCGGAGGCCCAGCCGCGGCCCACCUCGGUCUACAGUCAGAUGUCUGCAACCUGUUCCCCUUCCGCCUCCUUCAGUGGCAUGUUUCAGCCGCCAGCAGGGGGCGUGCUGUCUCCCCAGCCUCACAGUAGCUACUUCAGUGGCAUGGCUGGACCCCAGCACCCCUUCUACAACAGGCCAUAUUUCCCCCAUCAUCACCUUCACCAGCUGCCUCGCCCUCUCACGGCCGCCCCCCCACCUCACCUCCCGUCUCGCCCUGCGGCCAGAGCCUGUCGGGACUUUGCUGCUGGCUCGGCCGCGGUUCCACCUGCGGCGGCCAUGACACCACUCAGCUCCAUCACAACAGAGGGGGUGUGUGAGCGCAUGCGACUGAUGGAGGGUUUGGACCAGAGCAUGCUGACUGCCUACACGUCCACCAUCCGGAAGGCCAACGUCAACGGACGCGUCCUGUCGCAGUGUAGCAUCGAUGAGCUGAAGAAGGAGAUGAACAUGAACUUUGGAGACUGGCAGCUGUUCCGGGCCAUGGUUCUGGACAUGCGGAGCCUGGAGAACCAGAUUCUACAGGAGGAAGCUGCCGGCGAGCCUGGACCUGGAGAGACGGCGAAGAGAGCGGCGGCUCCCGGCGGCACCGAUGCCUCGCCGAUGUUCAGCUUCAAUCUGAGCUUCGAGGAGCUGAGCACGGUGGGCCUGGACGAGCCGGUGUGCCCCGGCCCUGCUCAGUGGACGGGGGGAGCUCACCGCACCACCAGCAUGAACAGUCUGAACUCCCAGGAGUCGUCCAAUGACAUCUGCAGACUGACGGAGCGGCAGCAGGCCGAGUACCGCUGCGCCUACCAGGAGUACAUCGCUCAGAUGUCCCUGCUGGAGACGGGCUGCUCCACGGAGAGGCCCGUGCUGCCGCAGCCCGCUCACUUCAUGACAGCACCAUCAGAAGACAGGAGCAAGGAGGCGACGGAGCAGGACGGCCGCAAGUCCUUUGGCAAGAAGGGAAAGGCUGCGGCUGAAGGCGGUGAGCUGGCCUCCAACCCGGAGGUUCUGGACCCCAUCACAGAGGAGGAUGAGAAGGGAGAGCCGGGGUCCUCCAAGACCCCGGCAGACCGAGGUGGGGCCCACCUGAAACCGAAACCUGCCGCGGGCCUGCGCUACCAGAAGCUGGCCAGCGACGACGACGAGUCGGAGGAGUCUGACCUGCCUCUGCUCAGGAGGGGGCUGGACUCCAAACCCGCCUGUGGCUCGCUGGCUCUGAAGGGGAAGGACUACCUCUCCGACGCCACGCUGGACAAGAAGGACUCGUCUGACUCUGGUGUCCGAUCCAACGAGAGCUCCCCGAACCACUCGCUGCAGGACGAGGAGGCGGAGCUGUCCCAGCUGGCGCGCGCCCACCCCAGCAGCCUCGGCGGGCUGCAGGACUCGGCCGUGGCCCGCAUGUCCAUCUGCUCCGAGGACCAGUGCAGCCUGCUGACCAGCAGCCCUGAGGAGAGCUGGCCGUCGUCCAGGAGCGGCAACCUGAACCGUACGCCCAGCAGCGUGACGCUCAACAACAACAGCAACCGAGCGCUCACCGCCGGGUCCGCCUCUCAGCCCGGGCCCAACAACGAGAACGUGCGCGUGGUGCAUCUGAAGAGGGGCCUGAAGCCCGGAGACCCCCCGGAGAUAUGUCAGGUGUCGUCUGACACGCUGACCUUUGGAGAGGAGCGGGAGAGCAUCCUGUGAGUCCCGGUCUGGAGCCGCUCGCCCACAAACUCCCCAGCAUGUGCCCCUCCCCACGCUCUGGCUCCUCAGCAAGCAUGUGAUCGUGAAGUCAUGUGACUGUGCGUAGCAUCUCUGUUAGACGCGGACAACACAGGCGUGGUGUCUGAUGCAGCUGUCGUCAUGUGUUAGUAGUCAACCUUACCAACGUGGCUCGUGCUAUUUAACUGCCUGUACGGAAACGUCAUCGCAUGGCUGUUGUGAACCGUGUAACGUGAUUUGUGUUGUGACUCCUCAAUAAAAAUGUCACAAGUGGAGCGUCACCUUUUGGUCAUUUGAAAUGAGUGAAGGUUGAGCCAGAUGAAGACGGACACUCAGCUCUCAAAUGGAGGUUUUAUUCAGAAAGAAACAUUUUAUACAAAAAAAGGAUACAAAAAUAAAAAUAUAUACAUUUGC